UACUCCACGACUAUUUCUGUCUCUUUUAACGAAGCUUCAGCUCCUCUUACAUGAGUGUUCCGUCUAUUAUUAAGUCUAUGAUUACGUCACGUGUAUGACGACAGUUCUCUUCAGCUAAUUGAAUGCAGCUGGAUUCGUGUGCAACUCCAUGCAACUUACUUUUGUGCAUGUGGAAAAAGAAAGGUUAGGGUUAGGUUAAGACGUGUGACUGCUUGUGACUACGUGCAGCGAUGUCGAGCAAGGCAAAGAAGAAUAAUAAAAUCAAGGACAGUGAGGUGAUUGUUGAGAAACCUGUCGGAAAAUCUAUUGAGAAAUCUGUUGAGAUGUCCGCUGAGAAUGGAGCAACCGAGGAUGUCACGAAGAAGCUCGCGGAUAUGGAGAUCGAGGCAGAAUCGCCGAGUAAGAAGCUCACGCAUAAGGAAAAGAAGAAACUGAAGAAGCAACAGGAGUACGAGCGAACGAUGGAAAUGCUGACAAAAGCUGGUGGUCAAGGUCAUAGCGAACUAGAGACCAACUUCACUGUCUCACAGAGUCAGACGCAACAACGUGGUAAUCAGCAGCUGGAUAACGCAGUUGAUAUUAAGGUGGAGAACUUCAGUAUAGCGGCCAAAGGCAAGGAGCUCUUCACCAAUGCCAGUUUGUUGAUAGCGCAAGGCAGACGCUAUGGUCUUGUGGGACCUAAUGGUCAUGGAAAAACUACUCUUCUUCGCCAUAUAGCCAAAAGAGCCUUCAAUAUUCCACCUACCAUAGAUGUAUUAUACUGUGAGCAAGAAGUCAUAGCAGAUAAUACACCAGCUGUAGAAGUAGUACUUAAUGCUGAUGUAAAAUGCAAAGAGCUUCAAGCAGAAUGCAAGAAGCUGGAGGAGAUGGCAGAGCAAGGAGACACUAGUAUACAGAACAGAUUGCAAGAAGUUUAUGAUGAGUUAAAGGCUAUCGGAGCCGAUUCGGCAGAACCUCGAGCCAGGAGAAUUCUCGCUGGUCUCGGAUUCAGUCGUGCAAUGCAAGAUCGCGCGACAAAGAAUUUUUCCGGUGGCUGGCGAAUGCGCGUUUCGCUCGCGAGAGCACUUUUCAUGGAGCCGACAUUGUUACUGUUGGACGAGCCUACGAAUCAUCUGGAUCUUAACGCGGUAAUCUGGUUGGAUAACUACUUGCAAGCCUGGAAGAAAACCUUGUUAAUCGUGUCACAUGACCAGAGUUUCUUGGACAAUGUGUGCACAGACAUCAUACAUCUCGACCAGCAGAAAUUGUUUUAUUAUAAAGGAAAUUAUAGCAUGUUUAAAAAGAUGUAUGAGCAAAAGAAGAAAGAGAUGUUGAAGGCGUACGAAAAGCAGGAAAAGAGAUUGAAAGAUCUGAAAGCAGCUGGACAGAGUAAGAAACAAGCAGAGAAGAAACAAAAAGAAGCUCUCACUAGAAAACAAGAGAAAAAUAGAACAAAGAUGCAGAAACAAGAAGAAGACACCGGACCUACGGAAUUGUUACAAAGACCGAGAGAAUACAUAGUGAAAUUUAGGUUCCCAGAUCCGCCACCACUUCAGCCUCCAAUCCUUGGUCUUCAAAAUGUAACCUUUGCAUAUGAAGGACAAAAACCACUGUUUAUUGGUGCGGACUUUGGUAUAGAUUUAAAUUCUCGAGUAGCUAUAGUUGGUCCUAAUGGCGUUGGCAAAUCAACCUUCUUGAAAUUGUUAAUAGGCGAUUUAACGCCUCAAAAAGGAGAACUCUCGAAGAAUCAUCGAUUGAGGAUAGGAAGGUUUGAUCAGCAUUCCGGUGAACAUUUGACCGCUGAGGAGACCCCAUCGGAAUAUUUGAUGCGUUUAUUCGAUCUUCCAUAUGAGAAGGCGCGCAAACAGCUCGGCACCUUCGGCCUUAGUUCUCAUGCACAUACCAUCAAAAUGAAAGAUCUGUCGGGCGGUCAAAAGGCGCGCGUAGCUCUGGCCGAGCUCUGUCUGAACGCGCCAGAUGUAGUGAUUUUGGACGAACCGACCAACAACCUGGACAUCGAGUCGAUUGACGCACUGGCUGAAGCCAUCAACGAAUACAAAGGUGGUGUCAUCAUCGUCUCGCACGAUGAACGUUUGAUCCGAGAUACAGAAUGCUGUCUCUACGUGAUUGAAAAUCAGCAGAUCAACCCGAUUGAUGGCGAUUUCGAUGACUAUAGAAAAGAAUUGCUCGAGAGUUUGGGCGAAGUUAUUAACAAUCCUAGUAUAGCUGCAAAUGCUGCCGUUUUGCAAUAAUUAAUCAUCGACAUAUUGUGGUGGCCUGUGACAUAAAAAAAAAAAAAAAAAAAAAAAAAAACGAUAAUU